GCAGUAUUCAACCAACUCAGUCAAAGGACCCUUCCACAGCUCUUGCACAGGGAUUGGAUGUCAUGACCAAGAUCCUGGAGAAGCAGCCACACUUGUUCAUUAGAAACAACAUCAAUCACAUAUCUCAGAUUCUUGAACCUUGUUUCAAGCAUAAAAUGUAAUUUGCUGGAAAGUCGUUGUAUGCCUUGUUGAAGAUGGUCUUUGUUGCUUUCCCUCCAGAUGCAGCAAGCACACCGACCGAUGUAAAGCUUUUGAAUCAGAAGGUCAACGAGCUAAUACAGAAGUAUAUAAAUAUGAUUACAGCUCCUCAGACAUUGGGAGAAGAUAACUCUGCUAAUUCAAUUAGCUUUGUUCUUCUUGUCAUCAAAACCUUGACAGAGGUGCAGAAGAACUUCCUUGACCCUUCACUCUUCGUUCGUAUCUUCCAACGUCUGGCACAAGAUAUAGGAUCUUCAGCAGGAUGUCAUUUGAAACAAGGUCAGCAAGCUGAUCCUUAUUCUGCUGUCUCUUCAUCAUGUCAAGUGGUUGAUGUUGAAGCAGUCAUCUCAAAUAUAAAAUCUGUCUUAAAGCUUAUAAGUGAGAGAGUCAUGCUUGUUCCAGAAUGCAAACAGACCGUGACUCAACUAUUGAAUGCCUUGCUCUCAGAGAAGGGUACUGAUCCUAGUGUGCUGCUUUGCAUACUUGAUGUGCUGAAAGGGUGGAUUGAAGAUGACUUAAGCAAACCAGGCACAUCUGGCUUAUCUAGUGCUUUCCUCACUCAUAAGGAAAUAUUGUCUUUUCUUCAGAAGCUUUCACAAGUUGAAAAUGAGAACUUUCUCCCUGAUGCUGUGGACGAGUGGAACAGGAAAUAUCUUCAACUGCUUUAUGAAAUUUGUGCUGAGUCAGAUAAAUAUCAUCUGGCUCUACGUCAAGAUGUGUUCCAGAAGGUUGAAAAACAAUACAUGCUUGGUUUAUGGGCAAAGGAUCCAGAAAUGAGGAUCAAAUUCUUCUCACUGUAUGAUGAAUCUCUUGGGAAGACCUUGUUCACAAGGCUUCAGUACAUUAUCCAAAUUCAGGACUGGGAGGCAUUGAGUGAUGUCUUCUGGCUUAAACAGGGACUUGAUCUUAUUCUAGCAAUCUUGGUUGAAAAUAAGCCUAUUACACUUGCUCCGAACUCUGCAAGGAUUUUUCCAUUUGUGGUUUCAGGUUCACUUUCUGAUAGUUCAGCAAUGCAGCACCAGAGUACAGAUGUUCCAGAGAGUCAUGAUGAUACUCCUCUAACAUUAGAUAACCUUCUUCUGAAGCACGCACAGUUUUUGAGUGAAAUGAGCAAACUUCAGGUGGUUGAUCUUAUUAUCCCAUUGAGAAAGCUGGCUCACACUGAUGCGAAUGUUGCAUACCAUCUGUGGGUGUUGGUAUUUCCCACUGGUUGGGUGACCUUACACAAAGAAGAGCAGGUCGCUCUAGCUAAACCAAUGAUUUCUCUUCUGUCAAAGGAUUAUCAUAAGAGGCAACAAGCGAGCAGACCAAAUGUUGUGCAAGCACUUCUGGAAGGACUUCAGUUGAGCCAUCCUCAACCUCGGAUGCCAAGUGAACUCAUUAAAUACAUAGGAAAAACUUAUAAUGUGUGGCACAUAGCAUUGGCUCUGCUUGAAAGUCAUGUAAUGUUGUUUAUGAAUGACACAAAAUGCUCUGAGUCUCUAGCAGAGCUGUAUCGUUUGCUCAAUGAAGAAGAUAUGAGGUGUGGGUUAUGGAAGAAAAGAUCAAUCACCGCAGAAACCAGGGCAGGUCUUUCACUUGUUCAGCAUGGUUACUGGCAGCUGGCUCAAAGUCUUUUUUACCAAGCAAUGGUUAAGGCUACUCAAGGAACAUAUAACAAUACAGUGCCAAAGGCUGAAAUGUGUCUUUGGGAAGAGCAAUGGCUUUACUGUGCUUGCCAACUUAGUCAGUGGGAUGCAUUGGUAGACUUUGGGAAGAGCAUUGAGAAUUAUGAAAUUCUACUUGAUAGCCUAUGGAAAUUGCCUGAUUGGGCACAUUUGAAGGAUCAUGUAAUCCCAAAGGCACAAGUAGAGGAAACUCCAAAACUUCGUUUGAUUCAAGCCUUCUUUGCCUUACAUGACAGAAAUAUAAAUGGUGUAGGGGAUGCUGAAAGCAUUGUUGGGAAAGGUGUUGAUCUUGCUUUAGAACAGUGGUGGCAGUUACCUGAAAUGUCAGUUCAUGCAAGGAUUCCUCUUUUGCAGCAAUUCCAGCAGCUGGUUGAGGUUCAAGAAUCUGCUAGAAUUCUCACAGAUAUUUCCAAUGGGAACAAGGUUUCUGGCAGUUCUGUUGUUGGGGUACAUGGAAAUCUUUAUGCUGAUCUCAAGGACAUCCUAGAGACUUGGAGGCUGAGAACUCCAAAUGAAUGGGAUAAUAUAUCUGUUUGGUAUGAUUUGCUUCACUGGAGGAAUGAAAUGUAUAAUUCUGUUAUAGAUGCAUUCAAGGAUUUUAGCAACUCAAAUCCACAGCUUCAUCAGCUUGGUUAUCGUGACAAAGCUUGGAAUGUGAAUAAGCUUGCUCGCAUUGCCCGUAAGCGAGGCCUUUAUGAUGUUUGUGUGAUGAUACUGGAAAAUAUGUAUGGUCAUACCACCAUGGAAGUACAGGAGGCCUUUGUUAAGAUAAGAGAACAGACGAAAGCUUACCUGGAGAUGAAGGGGGAGCUUAGCAGUGGGCUGAAUUUGAUCAACAGCAAUAAUUUGGAGUAUUUUCCUGUGAAACACAAAGCAGAAAUUUUCCGCCUCAAGGGGGAUUUCCUGUUAAAGCUAAAUGAUACUGAAGGAGCUAAUGUUGCAUAUUCCAGUACUAUCAGUCUUUUCAAAAAUUUGCCUAAGGGGUGGAUAAGCUGGGGAAACUAUUGUGACAUGGUGUAUAAAGAGGGCAAUGAUGAGGUUUGGUUAGAAUACGCCAUUAGCUGCUUUCUUCAAGGUAUUAAAUUUGGUGUUUCUAAUUCCAGCAGCCAUCUUGCUCGUGUUCUAUAUCUUCUAAGCUUUGAUACUCCCAAUGAGCCUGUGGGUAGGGCAUUUGAUAAGUACUUGGAACAAAUACCCCAUUGGGUCUGGCUUUCUUGGAUUCCACAGCUACUACUUUCACUGCAAAGAGCAGAAGCACCUCAUUGCAAACUGGUCCUACUAAAAAUUGCCUCAGUGUACCCACAGGCUCUGUAUUACUGGCUCCGCACAUAUUUGCUUGAACGUCGUGAUGUUGCAAAUAAAUCUGAACUAGGUAGAAUUGUAAUGGCACAGCAAAGAAUGCAGCAAAAUGCCUCUGCUUCCAGUGCUGGUUCUCUUGGAUUGGUUGAUGGAAAUGCAAGAGCCCAGUGUCAGGGUGGGGGGAUUUUACCUUCAGACAAACCAAUUAAUCAAGCCACUCAGUCUGGUGGGAUUGGAUCUAAUGAUAAUUGUAUCUCUCAUGGGCAAGAUCCUGAACGGCCGAUAACUGCAGAAAGUAGUGUGAACACAUCCAAUGAUCAACCUGUGCAACAAGGUUCUGCCACCAAUGAAGGUGGUCAAAAUGCAAUGAGGCGUAAUGGUGCUUUAGGUUUGGUAGCUUCUGCUGCCAGUGCUUUUGAUGCUGCAAAGGAUAUAAUGGAGACCCUCAGAAGCAAGCACACAAGCCUGUUUGAGUUUACUUACGGAAAUUGGUUCAAGAUUUGUUACUCUGCCAGAGGAGAGACUUCUGGCAGUUGUAAAUGCUCUACUGCAUCGUUGUUACAAGUAUCCUACAGCUACAACAGCAGAGGUUCCACAAUCCCUAAAGAAGGAGCUUUCUGGUGUUUGCAGGGCGUGCUUCUCUGCAGAUGCAGUGAACAAGCAUGUUGACUUUGUGAGAGAGUACAAGCAGGAUUUUGAAAGAGAUCUUGAUCCAGAAAGUACAGCUACUUUCCCUGCUACCCUCUCUGAGCUGACUGAAAGAUUGAAACAUUGGAAAAAUGUUCUCCAGAGCAAUGUUGAAGGCAGGUUUCCAGCCAUGUUAAAAUUGGAAGAGGAAAGCAGGGUUUGCGUGAUUUCCAUGUGGUUGAUGUAGAGAUUCCUGGACAGUAUUUUGGUGAUCAGGAAAUUGCACCGGACCAUUCCAUUAAGCUAGAUAGGGUUGGAUCUGAUAUACCAAUAGUGCGAAGGCAUGGAAGUAGUUUUCGUCAUUUGACCUUGAUAGGCUCUGGUGGCUCUCAACGACAUUUCAUUGUUCAGACAUCUUUGACCCCAAAUGCUAGGAGUGAUGAAAGAAUAUUACAGCUUUUCAGGAUGAUGAACCAAAUGUUUGAUAAGCACAAGGAAUCAAGACGACGCCACAUAUGCAUUCACACACCAAUUAUUAUUCCUGUUUGGUCACAGGUUCGAAUGGUUGAAGAUGAUCUGAUGUACAGCACCUUCCUUGAGGUGUAUGAGAACCAUUGUUCUAGGAAUGAUCGAGAGGCUGAUCAACCUAUUGCCUAUUUCAAGGAGCAGUUAAACCAAGCUAUAUCAGGCCAAAUCUCACCUGAAGCUGUUGUAGAUCUGCGUCUCCAAGCUUAUAAUGAUAUAACAAAGAAUUGUGACUGAGAGCAUUUUUUCGCAGUGCAUGUACAAGACACUGCUGAGUGGUAAUCAUAUGUGGGCUUUCAAAAAGCAAUUUGCCAUACAGUUGGCCCUUUCAAGUUUCAUGUCUUUUAUGCUACAAAUUGGAGGAAGGUCUCCAAACAAGAUUUUGUUUGCUAAGAACACUGGGAAAAUAUUCCAGACAGAUUUUCACCCAGCUUAUGACGCAAAUGGAAUGAUAGAGUUUAAUGAACCAGUGCCUUUCCGUCUGACAAGGAACAUGCAAUCAUUUUUCUCCCAUUUUGGUGUGGAAGGCCUCAUUGUGUCCGCAAUGUGCGCUGCAGCACAGGCUGUGGUUUCAUCCAAACAAAGCCAGCAUUUAUGGUAUCAAUUAGCCAUGUUUUUCCGUGACGAGUUGCUAUCAUGGUCUUGGAGAAGACCACUCGGGAUGCCUGUGCCCCCAGUUGGAGGAAGCAGUUUGAACCCUGUUGAUUUCAAACACAAGGUUAGCACCAAUGUGGAGAAUGUUAUCGGCCGGAUCAAUGAAAUCGCGCCUCAUUAUUCUGAAGAGGAAGAGGAUGCCAUGGAGUCACCCCAAUCAGCGCAGAGGGGCGUCAAUGAGUUGGUUGAAGCUGCUUUGACCCCCAGAAACUUGUGUAUGAUGGAUCCAACAUGGCAUCCCUGGUUCUGAUUGUAAGUUAUCAAUUACUUUUGCCAUGGAUAUUGGAUGUGAUAACGAAAUUUUUUAUACACGAAUCCAAGGCUAGUUGUGCAUGAUCCGUCCCCUCACACAACACCCCUCCGCGAUAGCAUGAACUAAUUUGUGGAAAUGAAUGCAUAUUAAAUGAAAUAAGCAUUGUCUAAGUA